CGUGUCAAUUUUUGGUACUGUCGAUUUUCUACGACUUCCUAUAGAAUAAUAGUACCACCACUGACCACUCGGGUUGCUUUUGUUGACGGACGGUUGCAGUUGAACGUAUAUUGUUUGUCCGGUGAUUAACUGACACCAGUGCACUUUCGAGGGGGUUCUUGAAUGACCACCGAUCGUAGUGAUAGGGAAAUCAUUUUCUGCUUUGGAAUGCCAUGCCAUGGCCUACUAUGCCUGGCCACACUGGCUUUACUAAAUAUAUUUGGUGCUCGUUCUUUAUUCUAUCGAAUCACUAUUCUAUGUUCAACACCAGAUUUACAAAUAGUUUUCGUGUGCAUUGAAGUGAGAAUUAGAAUUACCUUGUAGAAGAAUGGCUCAUAAUGCAACAACUUUAUGUCCACCUCCCAUGAAGGCUACAUCUAAUGGCGUCUUUCAAGGGGAUACUCCUAUUGAUUAUGCACUUCCUCUUCUGAUAGUGCAGAUAUGCCUUGUGGUCGUACUCACUCGCGUGCUUGCAUAUUUUCUGAGACCGCUAAGACAGCCCCGUGUCAUUGCAGAGAUCAUUGGUGGAGUUCUACUUGGUCCAUCUGCUUUAGGCCGUAAUCAGAAGUAUCUCCAUGCUAUUUUUCCUCCUCGGAGCCUCACAGUAUUGGAUACGGUUGCGAACCUUGGCCUUCUAUUCUUUAUGUUCUUGGUUGGCCUUGAGCUGGAUCCAAAAUCCCUUCGCCAGACUGGGAAGAAAACAUUAGGUAUUGCUCUUGCAGGUAUCUCAGUUCCAUUUGUUAUGGGAAUUGGAACAUCGUUUGUGCUCAGAGCAACUAUCUCGGAAGGUGUUAGUCAAGGCCCUUUUCUAAUAUUCAUGGGAGUGGCGAUGUCCAUCACUGCUUUUCCUGUCUUAGCUCGUAUCUUGGCAGAGCUUAAACUUUUAACUACUGAUGUUGGUCGGAUAGCCAUGUCUGCUGCUGCAGUCAACGAUGUCGCCGCUUGGAUUUUACUUGCUCUUGCAAUUGCCUUGUCAGGCACUGGUCACUCUCCUCUUGUGUCCGUUUGGUCGUUCUUGAGUGGAUCUGGUUUUGUAGGUUUAUGCAUACUUGUGGCCCCUCCAAUUUUCAAAUAUAUGGCCCGAAGAUGUCCUCCAGGUGAACCGGUAGAUGAAAUGUACAUCUGCGUCACAUUGGCUGCUGUUUUGGCUGCUGGAUUCGUUACUGAUGCCAUCGGGAUCCAUGCACUUUUCGGGGCUUUUGUGAUUGGAAUUCUUGUAUCAAAGGAGGGAGCAUUUUCUGGGGCACUGGUCGAAAAAGUGGAGGAUCUUGUAUCUGGUCUACUGCUUCCUUUGUAUUUUGUUUCUAGUGGACUCAAGACAAAUGUAGCCACCAUUCAAGGAGCUCAGUCUUGGGGCCUUCUUGUGUUGGUUAUAUUUACAGCUUGUUUUGGGAAGGUUGUUGGCACCAUUGUGGUUUCUAUCUUAUGUAAAGUACCUGUCAAUGAAGCAGUAACCCUUGGUUUCCUCAUGAACACUAAAGGUUUGGUGGAACUCAUAGUUCUUAACAUCGGCAAAGACCGCGGGGUCCUAAACGAUCAAACGUUUGCAAUCAUGGUUUUGAUGGCCUUAGUCACUACAUUUAUGACUACACCUAUCGUUGUGCGCAUAUAUAAGCCCGCUCGAGUAGCUAUAUCAGAAUAUAAGCGAAGAACUAUUGAGACAAAGGAAUCAAACUCUCAACUCAGGCUGCUGUUUUGCUUCCACAGUAACAGCAACAUCCCCUCUUUUCUUAAUCUCAUGGAGGUCUCUCGUGGCACCGGAUAUAUAGCCGGACUUCGUGUUUACGCCAUGCACCUGAUGGAGCUGUCUGAAAGAUCUUCUGCAAUACUGAUGGUUCACAAGGCAAGGAAAAAUGGGGUCCCCUUUUGGAACAGGCGGAGAAACGUAUCUGAUGCUAAUGAAGUUGUGGUUGCUUUCGAGGCCUUCCAGCAUCUCAGCCAUGUGUCGAUCCAACCUACGACUGCAAUAUCAUCGAUGCACAGCAUGCACGAGGACAUCUGCAACAGUGCUGCCGCGAAGAACGUGGCAAUGAUAAUCCUCCCUUUCCACAAGCACCAAACAAUCGAAGGCACCUUGGAGACCACACGAGAUGGUUUCAGGCACGUCAACCGGAAGGUUCUUGAGCACGCCCCAUGCUCUGUUGGCAUUUUAGUCGACCGCGGCCUCGGUGGAACGUCCCAUGUAGCCUCAAGCAAUGUUGACUACACAAUCACAGCCUUCUUCUUCGGUGGCCACGACGAUCGCGAAGCUCUGUCUUAUGGAGCGCUGAUGGCUGAGCACCCUGGCAUCAGUUUGAACGUUGUUCAGUUCAUAGUCGACCCGGAGCUCGCCGGAGGUACUGUCCAUGUAGAUGUGGACGAUGAUCAGUACAGCGCAGAAGUCAGCUCAAGCGACGAAGCCUUCCUUGCCGAUUUCAAAGAGAAAGCUUCCAAGGAGAGAUCCAUUAGAUAUAAAGAAAGCGUGGUGAAGAGCAGUGCAGCAGAAGCAGUGGAGGUGAUGCGUGAAUACAAACGCAGCAAUCUGUUCGUCGUUGGAAGAAUUCCUCAGGGGCAAUUAGCUACAGCUCUGAAGAACAGCCACCACCACGGCGAAGACGACGACUGCCCGGAGCUGGGACCGGUGGCGAACUUGCUGAUCUCCCCAGAGUUCUCAAUGGCGUCUGUUUUGGUGGUGCAGCAAUUUUGCACCCAGCUGCCUCCGGAAUCUGUGAAUACACUCAAGGCAGUAGACCACGCUGCUGACGACGAUACAUCAUCCUAACUUUGUUCAUUGCCUUGUUUGUUUGUAUGUAUAAAUAUAAAUAUAAAUGUAUACAUAGACACGCCAUAUGCAUGCAUGCAUGUGGGUGGACAACUCUUUUCCCAUUAUAUAAAUAUAAAUAAAUAAUUC